AUUCAGUCUCGUGCUACCUGCGGGACCUGCUUUCUUCAAAACAAACGGCCGAGUUGUCCUUUAACGGGACUACAGUCGACCGCCAGUCGUUGAUGUGCGGCUGGCUGCAGGUAUGGACAGUCGAAGUUCGUGACACUAUUAUAAACUCGACUAUAAUAGAGUACGCAAUAUAUACAUGAUGUACACCUUACUUCACCACAGGCGCGCCCAGCGCAUAUACACACGUAGUACUCACACUCCAAGGCGCCCAAGCCGUCAAGGCCCAUCUAUCCAUCCACCCAGCACACAUCCAGUACAAAGAAAUGGCCAUCAUACAAUUUCAUAUCCAGCAAGUCCAUCCACCCAACCCAGCAGCUAGGUCCCGGCACGUACCACACUCACCGUAGCAAGUCAGUCCAUGCGUGGUCGCACCGCGGAUAAUAAAAGUCUGGGUCCCUAUAACAUAGAACGUGUGUGUGUGGAUGGGAAAAACCGCCGCCCGGGGGGAGAGCCAGCCAGCCAUCGCUGUCUAUCCAAUCCAUCCAUCCAUUCAUCCAUCUCUGGUCGUUCCAUGGUUCGUUCGAACAUGCGGGCCGGAAACUCCACUCGGCUGGAUCCAUCCAUCCAUCCAAUCCAUCAAUGGAAGUUGCGGGAGCACGACAGUUUACCCGUACCCGUACCCGUACCCGUACCUGCUGCUGCUGCUGCCGCUGCCGCCGCCGCCGCCGCUGUGCAGGAAAACCUGCUUUUCUCGUGUCUGUCACGAUCUAGCUCAGAACAUGGCGCGGUUUCCAUGCUGGCUGGCGGAUUGGACCAGCCACACACAAAACGGGUUUUGACAUUUUCGUGGUUCUGGUAUUAUGCGAUUGCGGGCGCUGGGAUUAUGCUUGUGGGAGGGAAGCGAAGGCCUGGGAUCCAUAUAGAUCGCGUAUACAAGAAGAAUAUGGUCAAUCUACGUGGCGGAGAUGCUUUGUUCCGCUACCGAACGGAGCAAUCGAAAUCCGAGUCCCGAUAUCUAGUCAGGGCACCAGCGGAGAAGAAGCACGAACGGACCCAAAAUAGAACGAUUGAGAAGACGAAGAAGGGCCUUUCGAUGGAGAAAACCAGAGGUGGCAUGAUCGUUUGGACUUGACUUGUCUGGACGGGACCUGUCGGUGCUAGCCCAAGUCGAGCAUCAUGCAUACAUACAUGUUGUUAUGUAUGUAUGUAUGUAUGAGCGAUGGAUUCUACCCCACACACAGCACAGCACAGCACAGCACAGCCCAUCUG